GUUCUAGUACUAUGUAAUUGCUACGGGCUCACUGCGGAGGACUCCAUGUGGCCCUAGGGGGGAAAUACAUCAUGAUUAUGGCUACAAUAUCCUUUCACUCCUUCCCCUAACAGCUCUGCCACUGAAUCAUGGCGUCACCAUCUGAGGAGAAAAGAAGGACCCAUGUCAUCACUAUAGAUCCAGAUGAAACUGUCUUGACUGCCUUUCCCUACAGACCUCAUAACUCUCUGCUGGAUUUCCUGAAGGGGGAGCCAAAAGUUUUGGGGGCUAUCCAGAUUCUUCUUUCUCUGAUCAUUGUGGGCCUUGGGAUUAUAUUAGCAUUUAAUUUCAUCUUUUUCUCCAAAAAAUUUCCUCUCGUGAUCCUCACAGGAUAUCCAUUCUGGGGAGCAUUUAUUUUUUUCCUGACAGGAUUCAUCUCAGUGUUCGAUGAUAAAUCAAAACAAAUUCUGGGACAAGGAAUCAUGACCAUGAAUAUCUUCAGCUCACUGGUUGCGUUAGCUGGGAUGGCCUUGAUCUUCAUCAGCUUCACACAGCAGCACAAAUUCUGUCAGGCGCCCUCCCUCGAAGGAACGUGUGUUGUAGGCAGAACACUUCUCCUUGGAAUUCUGUCAGUCUUAUUAAUCAUCACCAUAGCAGAGUUCAGCAUCUCUGUGACUAUUGCAUCCUUAAGAAGCAAGUGCUGGACCAGUUCAAGAGAGGCUGUAUUCUUUUUUCCUUCAGAAGUUCCUCAAAAUACUGAACAGCCUGUGCCAGAAGAAAAUAAUCAAUUACAAUUUGAGUUUCAAGGAAAAUCUCCCAGUGGUAAUACAGCUUCAAACAUAAAAACCAUUUUCUUAGGGGGUUAUGCUUUCUUCAAGUUAAGAGUCUCAAGAAAUCCUUCAGCUCCCACAGCUCCCAAAAAUAUCCCACAGAAAAGUGAUAAGGGUACAUCUUCUAUGCGUGUUCCAGAUGAACAAGAGACUAUUACUCAACUCCCACAAGAAGAAAAUACUAAAAUGAAUGCUUUACCUCCCCCAUUAACACCAAAGUCUUCAGAAAAUAUUCCUUCUCCAAAAGAGUCUAGAAGCAAUAACCUGAAAGAUGAGGACCUAGAAGCUGUUACACCUCAAACCUCUGAUCUGCAACCCAAAUUGCUUGACAACCAAAAUGUGUCACUUGCAACUCUUAAAACUCCAUCCUCACAUGAUUUCCUCCCUUUGUUACCUGACACUUUAUCAUCCCAAACAUUAAUGGCAGGUCUGUCAACACAAGUUUUACGCUCUAAACCCCCAUCAUCCCGUUUUUCUUAUGAUCUGACAUCUGAAGACUUGCCUUUUGAAGACAUGCCAUCUCAAGACAUACAAUUCCAAGAUACGCUAACUCAAGACCUACCAUUCCAAGAGACUCUAUCCCUAGGGACUCCAUACCAAGAGCUGUCAUUCCAAGAUAUACUAACUAAAGACAUGUCAUUCCAAGAUACUUCAUCCCAAAAGACUCCAUCCCAAGGAACCCCAUACCAAGAUAUCCUAUCCCAAAAGACUCCAUCUGAAGCAUACCAAGAUAUCCUAUCCCAAAAGCCAUACCAAGAUAGCCUAUCCCAAAAGACUCCAUCCGAAGCAUACCAAGAUAUCCCAUCCCAAAAGACUCCAUCCCAAGCAACCCCAAACCAAGAUAUCCCAUCCCAAAAGACUCCAUCCCAAGAAACUCCAUACCAAGAUAUUCUAUCUCAAAAGACCUCAUCUCAAGAAACUCCAUACCAAGAUACACUAACUCUAGACAUACCAUCCCAAGACACUCAAGCUGUAGAGACUCCAUCACAAGAGAUUCCCUCUCAAGAUACUACAUCCCAGGAUAUGAAAUACCAAGAUCUACUGUCUCAAGACAAACUAUCCCAGAGCACACAAACCCAGGAUUCAGCACCCCAUGACAUGUCAUUCUCAGAUCUUCAAGUAUCAAACACUCAAGUUCAAAGCCAGCCAUAUCCAGAAAUAAUUUAUAGGGACAUUCGAACAGAAGUAAUGGAGUUGACUCAAGAAUGGAAGUCUGAUACAGGCAAGAAAACCCCAAGAAGACUUUCCUUAUCCUUGAAAGGCACACAUGAAAAAGUCUAUCCCAAGAGACAUUCCCUGGAUCUGCAAAUCAAAGGUGACAAACCCCCAAGGAGACAUUCUGUAGACUUACAAAGGAAAACUUCAAGACGGAAAUCCAUAGAUCAGCAAAUCAAAGCCUGGCUAUCCCCAAAGAAGCACACCUCAGAGAAACAAGAUGCAUGUACUCAAACCUCAGAGCAAUUCCUAGAGCAAGCUGGUCAGCAGCAGGCAGAUGAGGAGGAGGUCCCAGUACAAGAAUCCCAAGAUCAGCAAAGCAAAGACCAAAAAUCUGUAGAGGAACUAUACCCAGAAGAACAGCUUAGUAACAAAGAGGAAGAAGAUCAGGAGUCUAAUAAAGAGCAACCUCCAGAAGAACAAGCUCAAGUUCAACAAGCUGAAGACCAGCAGCCCCAAGAGCAGAAAGCCCCAAAGAGCCAGUCCUCAAACUGGCAACAAAGACAACAAGUGCUAGUAAGGAGAGUCCCAAUGCAGUCGUGUGAGGACUGGGACUCCCAAAGCUUUCAGUUCACAGAAAAGUCAUGUUCAUACUGGUCAACUUCAUCCUGGCAGCCUGCUAGCCUGGGAUCCCAAGACUGGAGAAGUCAAGGCUGGAGAAACAAAGAUUGGAAAGCACAAGAAUGGCAGUUCGAAAUACAUCCUUCCCUAGACUGGGAAUCCCAAGAGCUAUUAGAGAGAGAAUCCUUAAGGCAAAGGGCACUAUACCAAGAAAUCCAACCCCGCAGCACCAUAGUCCGAUACACCCAAGAUCAUCAAUUGCGUAACUUUAUAUUUCAAGUAGGUCUGUGUCAAGGUAACGACCAACAAGACUCUGAAGCUAGUGUUGUAAGAGGAGAUACGUAUGCAGAUGAUGUACAAACAAGAGACAGAGAACCUGGAGACACAGAAGAUACAUGCCAGAAACCAAAAGAUGAGCAGUCAGAAGACAUGAGGCCAGAUAAUUAUCCUGCUUCUUGUCAGAGCCUGGUUCCAUACACAUAUGUAACCUGUUUAUCCAAUAUAGCUUCAGAGCAAGAGGUGCAGAACAGUACAUCACCCCGUUCAAAUUCAUCCAAAGAUCUGAAUGCUACUUCUUCCUCAUGUUGUCAGAGAGAUCAACCUCAAUCUGAAGAUUCAGACUAACAUGCAUAUCUAACCAAAAACCACAGAUCCCAGAUAAUGGAGCCAGAUGAGGAUGAAGUGGUUGAUUUCCCCCUAACCUGUCUUCUCACCUGUGCUUGCUGUCUAAUUCACUCACCAGAGUAAAGGGCAUGCAGGACCUACAAAGAACUCAUUCCUUUUAAAAGCAAAAUGACAACAAGCCAAAUGUUAAGACUAUAUCAAAACCUUCUGGGAGUGAAGAAAUAAAUGUCAUCUAAGCUGUAAAA